UUCCUGCACCCUUAAAAUAGAUCGACAUCUUAUAAGUGAAGCAUUCAAAAGUGUGGUAUUAAGCAAUGGUCAAUCUCUGCAGUAGUCGGUGUCAUGCCCCCUUGAGCCUCAUUUGACUUGUUUGAAUUCAGCUAAGCCUGGUUUGGCAGCUAUUUUAAAUUAGGAGGAUUGUCAAGGUUGUGAUUUACUGGAGCCUUCUUGUUUUACUUAUACUAUAACUAAAUACGUGACUACCAUCAAACAUAAUGUCAAGGAAAAAUUCUUCAUUUAGGCAUUAAUCACCAAUCGAAUAUAUGUGAAAAAAUAAAUAUUCAUCAGUAUACUCAAUAAUAGGUGUAGUAACUCUUUUUGAAUUUGCUCAGUACUGAGUAGUACCUUUGCUUUAAGGUGCUGAAUCCACUCAACCUCUUAUUUUGUUGAUCUUGAGCGAAGAAGAAAGGAGCUACUGGACUUUUUAUAAAAACACAUUUGUACAUGUAUAUUUAGCAGAUUUUAAGUUUUGUUUUCAUGAAAGCAUAAAUGAUUAUUUUAGGUUAAUUGUAUAUUGUAUUAUGUCAACACACUGCAUAGGACUGUUAUCUAAGGCAGUAACUGUAUUGAGGGAUUAUACAGCACAUGCAUGUAACUCCUUAAACUUAUGUUUUGUUUUUCCUACAUAUGUGUGCAGUCAGAUUGUUAUUUGUACUGAAAUAGCCCCGAAAGACUCCCACUCCUUUUCUUAUAGUGGCCUGGCAUCAUUGGAGUCUCGACACUUACAAUUUAUAUAUUUAAUUGAUUGUUUUUUUACGCCAUACUCAAGAAUAUUUCACUUUUACUACGGUGCCCAGCAUUAUGGUGGGAGGAAACUGGGAAACCAACGACCAUCCGCAGGUUGCUGUCAGACCUUCCCGUGUACGUCCAGAGAGGAAGCCAGCAUGCGACACUUACAAUGUUAAUUUCGUACUCAACGAUGGUUCAGGCCGAUUUUGUUUUUAUUGAAGCCUUGCACAAAUGAAAGACGGCAACCUAAAGACCUGCUUUUAGCACCUACCGCACUGCCACCAUACGUCCCUACUCGAUUUAGAAUAGAUUUAUUACAGCCAUGAAAACAAUGUAAUCAAGACAAUACAGUGCAUGUUUUUUUUUGUUUUGUUUUUUUAAAAUUUAUAUAUGAAUGUUUUGUUGCAGUGACCACAUUGGUAUAAAGAUAAUUCAUGAGCACAUGUUUUCCCACUCAAAGUUUUUUAAUGAUAUACCUGCAGAUCUACAUGUAAAGAUGCUUUUUCUUAAAUAAUCAUGUAAACAGAUAUGUGUUACUAGUACUUUCGUUGAUUUAUAGUUCAUAUUCACAAUGACAUCAAGUAAUUAUCGAGUGACGGGGCGGCCACCACAGGCUGUGAGAAUAGAUUCCACCCAGGAUGCUUCAUUCCGCUAUAACCGAGCAGCAUCAGAUAUGGUGUCCUACGAGGACUUACUUGUGGCCCAGUACCUGGAGGAACUCAGGAGAACAAAAACAGAAUCUCCUCGUCGAGAACAUGAUCCAUCUCCCUACUCAUUAAGAGUUGUUCCAACAAAUAAUCAACAGUUCAACAAUAGCAGAAAGGGAAGGAGACAGCGACCUCGGUCUGCUCAAGUACACACACGUCCACAAACAGCCAUGAGAGUCAAACCUAAGAUAGAUGCCAAGUUUAUAGCAGACCCUAACUUAUGGGACCCAGCCACACCCCGUGAGGAGCCCAUCAAGAAGAUCAGAAUGAGACCAGCAAGUGCUCCUGUACACCGGGUCAGACCCUGGUCAGGGAAUUCCUGGGCAAAGUUAUCUCUUAGGCCAGAAUCUGGUAGGAGAUCCAAAGCUCUUUACAAACAACAGCCUCACACAAUAGUUGUGACAGCGUAUAAAAAUGGCUCCAGGGAUAGUCCAGUCAAGGUUGCUGCAGCAAACAUGAAAAUGCUGUUGGAAAUCUGCACAGAUAAGCUUCGUUUGGGAUUUGCUGCCAGGCGUGUGUUUCUGGAGGAUGGUAUAGAGAUCUUCACGGCUUCUGAUAUACCACGGGGAGGAGAGAUCUAUAUAUCUACUGGGGAAAAUUACAAGUGCCCAUACACAACUGCCAGGCGCAACACAAUAUUAAAACAUGGAGCUGCCUGGACAAUGUCUGGUGUUGUAUUACCUGAUUAUGGGAAAAAGAAGAAAACUAGAACAUGCCUGUCAAAGAGGAUGAGAGCUUUACUAGAUAACAAGAAAGUGAGAGUGAUGGUAUUUAGAAAUGGAAAGAGUACAGAAGCAGUGGAAGUUGUGACUGACCUUACCAACAUGACUGAGUUUUUGACUGGAUGUACCCAAAGACUUGAUUUGCGAAGCCAUGCCAGAAUUCUGUAUGACUGGACAGGAACAAAGAUUACAGAGUUGACAGAAACCCCAGUAGUGGACUCUUGCCUACAGCCAGGAGGAGCCCCUAUCUUUGGACCAGUGUGGGUGUCAACGGGGGAAGGCUUUGACCCCAAAGGGGCAUAUGAUUACAGCAUCUAUCUGAAGAAAUAUGUGAAAAAGAAAGUUAAGGAAACCAAAACUUAUAAGUCCAAUCUGGUGUAUGCUAAGGAUGGUGAGAAGGAACGAGUGACCAUUCCAUCUAUCCUGACAUUAUCAGAGGAGGAAGUCUAUGAGGCUUUAGAAAUGGCUGAUGGGGAAGUUGAAGAGCUUGAGGUUGUGCUAGAGACGCUGGAUGCAAACAUUGAACAACUGGAGCCAAGGAUUAGGGAACAGGAGGAUAUUGGGAACGAGUAUACGAUGAAGCAUAUUAAAGAACUGAAAGCAAAUGAUCGCCUUGUAGGAAGUCAGGGAUUGAAACUGAAGGUGUAUGAAAAUGGCCAGAGUGAAAACCCACAGGUAUUCUACUUCAAUCUCCGUGAAGCUGUCAAAGGCAUAAAAAAUGACAUUGACAAGAUACUUGAGAGGUUGUUGGAUGAGCUGUCUGCCUCUCAUCGUACCAUGAACCCACAGAAUCCUAAGAUCAAGACAUUGGCACGGGCAUUGUAUGAUGAACAGGGGAAUGAGAUCACUGAUGUGAGGAAGCUGGAAUAUGGUCAGGAAGUGUGGCUCUCCUUUGGGGAACCAUUCAUCAUUCCAUUCACCUACUGUCUCCAGGUUCAGUUUGGUUUGGUGGAGGGUUACGAGCUUGAUGAUGGUAGACAGGUGGUUAUGGCAAAGUUUGUGGAUAGGAAUGACCGACCUUUGGCAGGAAAAGAGAACCCAGCUGAGUGGGAGACUUGUGAGCAUUUCCCGGCUGAGUAUGAUUAUAAAGAGGCCAAAUCUCCAGCAGAAACCUCCUAUAUCCAGACCCUGCUGGAGGAUCAGGAGCUGGAUCCAGGCACCCAGUUCCUCAGGCACAAGAAGGAUCAGAAGCUGGUGGUAUUUCCAGAGCUGGCUGCCUCUCGUAAAGUUCCAGGGGAGAGAAGUGAUAAGAAUGGCUUCAUGCUGGACUGUUCCUGGCAGGCAGAGUCACAGAUAUUUAUGGUCUCCAAGUCAGGGUAUAUCUACUGUAAGAGUGUCCCUAAGCUGUGCCUGGGUGUGUCUGAGUUUCGAGUGGAGGUAAAGCAGGGUGAGGAAGGGGAGUCCAGUGGGGAGACCCCAGCAGAUGCAGAGGAGUCCCACUUGGAGGGAAUCCCAGUCCUUAUCCAAGGCAAACUGGCAGACAGAUCUUCACAGCAGUGGAUAUUCCACACAGAUGGUACCAUAUCUUCAGCUGCUUACCCUGACCUAUGCCUGACUUACCUUGGUGGGAAGUCACAAGCUCACAUGGAUUACAUGUCAGGAAACAGGAGGAUCCAGGGUAUGAAACCAGGCAACAAGGUUGUCCUUAUCCUGACGGACAGGAUGCCAGCCAAAGACAACGAAUGUCAGAGGUUUGCUUUGAAGCAGGAAAGGUUUGAGACAAUUGGCCAGUGGAAACAUACUGAUGUUGCCAAUCCUGAGUGGAAGAAACUAGCCUACUCUUGGCCUGUCAGACAAGAUGGCCAAAUAAAUGAGGAAUACCUGUGGCCCAUGGAAUCCUUCUUGAUGGUUAGUGCUCCAAACCCUUCCAAAAAGGUGGAGAAGAAGACAAACCUGUCAGGAGCAACACCAUUGCGCCUUGCUGUGCUUCGUAAUGGUGAAAGAGACAAACAGAAGGCAGUGUUGGUUGUGGGACCAAAUGUGUCUAAUUGGGUGAGUUCCCCUAGCAACCGCAGAAAGAGUCUCACAAACACAGUGGACCUGGAUAUGUCUCUACACUGUCAGAACUUGUCUGUCAGGGAACUCGAGUUCUACAUGGUAAGACUCUUUUCUGCUCCUGUUUUGGACAACUGCACGGAAUUGCUAGACUUACCAUUUGCCGCUCGUCGGCUGUUUGACGAGAAGGGCAAGGAGCAUUUUAACCUGCAAGAUCUGAGUCGAGAUCAGUUUGUCCAUGUGACAUGUGGGGAGGCAUGGAGCGACCCGACUGUCACCAAGGCUGAGCAGCAGAGACGGUUCCUUCUGUCCCAGCUGUCACAGGACGUUUCACAGAUAAGGCAGUUCUGUGCUCUCAGGAACCCAGAGGGUUUCAGCCUUGAGGUAGAAUCCCUUAAUGUGCAUGCUCAGGUGAUCAUCAAUAAGCAAUGGCACCAUGACCUGGAGAAGACCGAGUCAGACCCAGAGGCUGUCAUGGAGAGCUUCAACAACAGACAUGAACUGCAACUGGACCUGGAUUCUGAGGAUAAUAUGACAGCUCACGAACGAGCCCACAAAAGGUCCGAGGACCGUCUGAACCAGCUCAAGUGGCCAUGGGAGCGUCUGAUUAAUGCUGGGGGUGACUUUGAGUCUGAUGAUCCUGUGGCAGAGCAGUACACUGACAAACAGAUGUAUGAGAAGUUCAAACCAAAGUUGUCCCCGCGUCAGCCACGAAGCACCCUGCAGAAGUUUGAUUUCCAGGAUGGCUUUAUAUCCUGUGCGUCCAAUCCUGAUCUGGUGGUGGGUGUGGCAGACCUUGAUGGCCAAACCAAUCAGGUAGUGCUGGUGAAGAGACGGCCUGAUGACGUCCAUCAGCGCUGGGUCAUCAAAGAUGAUGGUAUAAUCCACUCCAAGUAUAACCAACAGCUGGUAUUGACAGUGUCGCUGCCCCACUGCUCACCCUCAGACAGUGAUGGCACAUCCCCCAUUUCCCUAGUGGGCAGUCAGGUCACAUUACAGAGACGACAGACCAGUCAAUAUGGACGAGCCAAUCAGCUGUGGAGAUAUGAUGCCGAGUCAGGAUUUAUUUCAGCAUUUGCUGCAAAUGAAUUAGACAAGGAGAUAACAGCUGCUAAUAAGGUGGAUGUGUGUACUUACACUGUGGCAGGCUUCUCCUCGCUCAAUCAGCCUGGCUAUGUGGUUCUUGUUCCUGCUCCGGUGAACUCAGACAAGGAGACCCAGGCGAUACGAGUGUGUACCUCCUGUGCUCGAGCCAUGAGAGGGCGCUGUAAGGUGGAGAAACUGACUGCUCAGUCUAGCUUCAGCUGUGCUAUGGGCCAAGCCAAAAAGAUGAAAUUGAAGCAGAUUGGAAGCUUUAAGGUGCUGAAUGGAAAAGUAGAUCUGUCUCGUCAUGAGGCAGAAAGAACACUGCAAAUCUGGGAAGAAGUGCUUGAGAAUCUGAAAAAUGAAAUGAACGUGAAAAGGAUAGCUAGGGAGAUCUCAGCGGCCAAAACAGUCCGUCCUGUCAGGAUUCUGGCCUACAAGAAUGGGGAAGGGCGUCUUAAUAGUGGCGAGGUCAUCAUUGGCUCCAGCAUUGAUGGGAUGUUGAAUCAGUGCACUCAGCGGCUGGGCAUGUGCAAUGCUGCCACUCGUCUCUACACAGAGGACGGGACCCUGAUCCUGGAUAUGGAGGACCUUGUAGGCUGGGCGGUGGAGAACUACAAGUCUGCCAUGCUCACUCAGGUGGACCGAUUGUUACACAAACAGGAGGGUUCUGCAAGCCAGGGGCAGGCUGAUGUGAAGGAAGAGAAGGCUAUCAGGGCUUGGGGUGAUGGACAUGCUAACAGCACACUAGAAGGUGAGACGGAAAAGGACAACUUGAUGACAGAUGCAGGUGAUGGGGACAAGACAGACACUGAUGGACAAACACAAGAAAAACAGACCAAGAGUGAAUUGAAUGUUGAUACUGAUGCUUUACUCAGUCAAGUACCCCUUCCCUCACUAGAUGUUAUCUUGAGGUACCCUAUAGAGGUUUGGGCUUCCUCAGGAAAGCCAUUUGUAUCCCCAGAUGUUUUAGAGUCCCAAGCUGAGACCCGCAAGAAGCAGAGACAGUUCCGAUCAGCUGUGUCCCUGGAGUUGGACAUAGAGAAACAUAUUCUCCGGCAGAUGAAAGGUCGGCGGUUUGGUGAGCAGAAGCCUGGUCAGUACAAAGGUACACGUGACAGCCAGAAACCUGUGGUGCUGGAGGGUCACUGGCAGGAAGCUGAUGUGGAGGAACAGGUGAAACAUGACACCGUCAACAAGUUAGAGAGCCAUCUGGCAGAAGUGAGGGCCAAUCAAAAGGGAGGUAACACCAGGGUGGUCAAUGUGAACACCUCCCGGCGUUUGUACAAACAACCCAACAUGAAACGUGUGCUCGUGUUCCCCAAUGGUGAGACCGUUGACAAGGGGGUGUUUGUCAGGGGAGAAGACCUAGAACAGCUUCUAGAGCAAGCAAAACUGAAACUGAGCCCAUGGAAAAAGUUCAGGUGUUUCUUCACUGUGGAAGGGAAACUAGUAAAGUCCUUUGAAGAGGUUGAGAAGGACCAGGUGUUGUGCGUGUCCACAGGACGUACCUUCAAACAGCCUCCUGUGACAAGACAGGACGUGGAGGUCAAGGCCAACUGGUCAAGGGCCAGAAAACAGUAUGGUCCUUCAGCUACUGACUACAAGGUGGACACUGCUCAGAACCCACAGGUCAAUGUGGAUCCGUUUGGUCCCCCAGAGUUGGCCUUGCAAGGACCAAUCCAGACCCCAGGCCCUGCCCUGAUGGCCAGGCCUCCAAGGACGGCCACCCCUGUCUCCUAAAGCAGUCCGUUUUCAGACCCGACAGGAUGUGUCCACUAUGAAUGUCAGUCUCAAGGCAGCCGUCUUGCUUUUGUCUCUGGGAGACUUUCGGUUCUGUUUAAACCCGACUACUCUAGUAUACUUUAUCACCUGAGUGAGGAAGUGCUUUAUACAGCUAGAGUAGGUCUUGUAUCUAUGGUCUUCUGUCACAUGUUGACAACCCACAACUUGCCAUAUUGGCAGUUGUUUUGACAUGACACAUGCACAAGGAUGUAGCUUUGGUGUGUUCCCUUGCUUUGGAAUUUUGUUGCCUUCUGCCAUGUCUGCUUGUUAAUAGACACUAUUAUCAGGUGCUUUGUCUAGGUUUGUUGUAGGUUUAAAAUGUAGUUGAGGUGGUUUGUUUUGGCAACUCAUUCCUUAAGAGACAUGUGCAUUAUGUUUGUGUGUUCUGGUAAGACCAGAAGAUCUCAUGUCUUUCUAAACCAUUAAAUCUGUAAGUACAGAAGUUCGUCAAGUGCAGUGGACCAUAAUGGUACACAAGUACCUUUGUUUUGUCAUCCAUGAUUUAUGGUUUGCUUGAAUCAGUAAUUGAAGGACAAUGGAUUUAUGGUUAUAACAGGUAAGAGAAGAAUGUAUGGUCCUUGUGUCAUACGUUACGCAAAAACAGAGAUGUAUGAAGACGUAAAACCAUGUCGCUUUGGCAAAGAGCAGGAUUCAUUUUAUAGCGCACAUUGUUGACAAAGAUCUACUAAAAUACCAUAGUGAAUUUAUUUUAUCAUUCCAUGGAUUUUUACAGAAUAAAGACUUAUCUUAAUACUUUUACUAACUUAUGAAAUAUUUGUUUCUGUUUAAUUCCAUAUCUUAUAUCAUAAAUGUUUGUUUAUUGAUAUGUUUACAUUAUUUAAGUAAAUAUUAUACAUUGCUUAUUAUUUACACUUUUAUUUGACUAGCUCAAUAGAAGGGGAUUGAUUCCGUCCAUAUUUUACACCUGGAUAGCUAGUCCCCUGUACAUGGUCAACACUGAUUCUUGUUUGUGAUCUGUUUGUCUGUGAUAGUGUGCGACAUGUCAAGGUACACACGUGUUUCCCUAUUUGUACUGACUCUUGUAGUCAGAUGUGAAACAAGGCUGCAUUUUACAUCAGAUAUUUUUAAAUCUCAAUAUGCAUGUAAGAGAUUCGAUUUCUUUAAUACAUGCUGUGAAACUGUAUAUUUGUCGUUAUAGAUAGCAUUCCAUAUUUAUGAAAUGUUGUAAAUAUACAUCUAUGAAUUCUUUGUCUAAAGUAUAAUAAUAAGAACUUAAGGGUUUUUUUUUUCAUUGAAAUUGUGCCCAUGGAUACAAGUUGACACAGUUAUAUGACAGAACACCGAGAUGAACCAAUGUGAUUCAUGAUAACGCACUUGCCGCAGCUAGUGAGGCACUUGAAACUGUUAGAAGUAACUCUCAAUGCUUUGAUCCUGUUUUCCUGUAUCUUGCCCAAAGAACUUACUACUAAAAUAUGUGAUAUGACAAUAGAUGUACAGUGCAUAUGUUUGUGGUUCAUGUAAAUUCAUGCUUUGUGUGUAUUUUUAUAGGGGCAUCUGUCAUGUAGCAUGCUGUGCACAGUUGUAUAUGUUAUACACCAUUUCCUCUUUCAUAGGGCUAUAAUACAUUGUGCACACUUUAAUAGGGAAGGGAUGUAACUAUUGUGCACACUUUUAUAGGAAUGUCACUGUUGUGUACACACACAACUAAAACCAUAUGGUACAAUCUGAUUUAAUAUACAGAUGAAAUUAUUCUUGUUUGACACGUGAAGAAAACAAACACCUGCUGUGUUCAAAAUGCGUGUAUGUCGCUUUUAAGCAGAAAUAGUCAGCUUGUAGACGUAAUCAAGGACAACAACCAGACUGUUAACUGAACAUGGUCAUUGUGCUUGCUUUCAGCAGGGUAUGCACAUUGCAAUCCAAAACUUUGUGAUACAAUUAUUUCAUGGUUCUUUGUUAAGCUGUUCAUGCUUUAUGGUAAAGUACUGUUUUCACAUGCUUUUAUAUGGCAAGGAUGUAAUGGCAGCCAGUUAAAAUGUCACCUCGGUUAACAUGUAACAAGCAUUAUCUAGACUGAAUAAACAUAACUUUCACGCGACAUGUACAUGUUUGUGGUCAAAUUGGUUCUUUUACUUUUUAUUCAUUUUAU